UGGGCGUGGCCGGGGCGCCCCUGGCGCCAGCGCUGGGAAUCCCCGUGCGCUCAGUGCCGUUUCCGCCAGGGCUGCUGCUUCUGCUGCUGCUGGCAAUUGACUGUUGCUGCCGAAGGGGGAGGGGCUCCGCUUGGCUGCCUGCCUCUCGCUCUCUCACUCUGAGGCCGAGAGCGCGCGCUCCUUCGCCCGCCUGCCCACUAGGAAAGACCGUGGCGCCGGACGGGGCCUAGUGCCGGGGGCCCGGGUGACGGGCCGGACAGGUUUCCCCAUGUCCGUGACGUGUUGGCCGAGGCUCCGCGGCUGCUCCCCGCCCUUGGAGCUGCCACUCGCUACCCUUUGGACUCCGUGAUCCCUGACAAACGUCAUGAGCAUUGCAAUCCCUCUGGGAGUCACCACACCAGAUACAUCUUAUUCAGAUAUGGCUGCUGGAUCUGACCCUGAGUCUGUGGAAGCUAGCCCAGCUGUUGGUGAGAAGAAUGUGUAUGCAAGUCACGGCUACGGGGCUUCCCAGAGGCACAGCUACCGAGGGCUGCCUUAUGCAGAUCAUAAUUAUGGAGCGCCUCCUCCUCCGACCCCUCCUGCUUCUCCCCCUGUCCAGACCAUCAUCCCUCGUGCAGAACUGAAUGGCUUACACUCUCACGAUGAAGAGAAUUCUGGUGACACAGAGAGUUCUUCAGAGUCAGAAUCUAUUCCCAGCUGGUGUCACUGUAGUCUCUCCCAGGAUGGCUUCCUCAUCAAAUGUGAGAAGUGCAGGGGAAUCGGCAGGGGGAAAGUGAUCAGGCUCCACCACCGGAAGCAAGACAACGUGUCAGGUGGAGACAGUAGUGCUACAGAGAGCUGGGACGAGGACCUCUCUCCCUCCACAGUGUUGUACACUGCUACCCAGCACACUCCUACAAGCAUCACUUUGACAGUCAAUAGGGUCUGCAGAACAAAGCCCAAAAAAAGGAAAAAGAAUACAGAAAGAGCUCGUACGGCACCAAAGGCCAAAAAAAUUAAGGCUUUUAGAGAAGGUUCACGGAAGUCUUUGCGGAUGAAGAAUUCUCCUUCAGAAGCUCAUGCCCUGGAUGAAAAUACAGCAGAGGGGUGGGAAAACCGCAUAAGGCUGUGGACUGACCAGUAUGAAGAAGCUUUCUCUAACCAAUACAGUGCUGACGUACAAAAUCUUUUGGAGCGUCAUCUAAAUGCCAAUAAAGAAUUUGUGGGCAGGUCUGCUGUGCUAGACACAAUCAAUAAGACAGAGCUGGCCUGCAACAACACAGUCAUUGGAUCCCAGAUGCAGCUACAGUUGGGAAGAGUGACAAGGGUCCAGAAGCACCGGAAGAUCCUUAGGGCAGCUAGAGAUCUGGCUGUGGAUACCCUUAUUAUUGAGUAUCGUGGGAAAGUGAUGCUGCGGCAGCAGUUCGAGGUCAAUGGGCAUUUCUUCAAAAAGCCGUAUCCCUUUGUGUUAUUCUACUCAAAGUUUAACAGUGUUGAGAUGUGUGUGGAUGCUCGUACUUUUGGUAAUGAUGCCAGAUUCAUCAGGCGUUCCUGUACACCAAAUGCAGAGGUUCGUCACGUGAUUGCAGAUGGGAUGAUUCACCUGUGCAUAUAUGCUAUUACAUCCAUUGCCAAGGAUGCUGAAGUCACCAUUGCCUUUGACUAUGAGUACAGUAUCUGCAACUAUAAAGUGGAUUGUGCCUGUCACAAGGGAAACCGGAAUUGCCCUGUGCAGAAGCGGAGUUCGAACACUGUGGAACAGCUACCUCCACCUAUUCUAGACACUUUGAUUGGAGCAGAAACGAGGCGUCGGAAAGCCCGCCGGAAGGAGCUGGAACAGAGGGGUGCUGCAUCAGAUGAGAACAGCAAUCCACAGACAGAGGAAGUCCCUGAGGGACUUGCUGCAGCUAGUGACAACGAGGCUGCAGAUAAAGUAGAGAAGCAGGAGGAAGAGAAAGAAGCUGCUGCAGAUGAACAGGAAGGCCUCACUCAGAGUAGAAGAACACGAGAAGAUCGGAAAGUAGAAGCCAUCAUGCAUGUGUUUGAAAACAUGGAAAAAAGGAAGAGAAGGAAAGAUCUACCAUCAGAUCGGAGCAGCACGGAUGCAGAAGUGGUGGUUACAGCUGAGACUCCUGAACAAGAGGAAGUAAAACCUGAGCCAAAUGAAACUGAAGAUAGCAGUGUGAAUUUAAGAGUUCCUGUGCCAAGUGCCCCUGCCAAUGUCAUCAGCACUGGAGUGAAUACACGGAGGUCUUCACAGGCUGGGGAGACAGGAACAGAUAAACCAAUAUCUAAAACGGCACCGUCAAAGCCAACACGUCCACGACCAAAAAGUCGUUUUUCCCGUUAUCGGAGCAGUUCAGCACAGCGACUAAGAAGGCAAAAGCAAGCCAGCAUCCAACAGUCAGAAAUUACUCAAGCAGCUCCAGAAGAAGGAAAUGGUGCAAACACAGUAACUUCAGCAGAAGCCAGCAGCAUAGAGGGUCCAGGAGAAGGGAAACUGUUGUUGGGUUCUGACCCAGCUGUGGCUGCAGUUGCUGGAUCACAGCCCUGCCGAGUGGUACUCAAGUAUCCUAAAACAAAAAAGUACCUAGUUACAGAAUGGCUCAAUGACAAGGCAGAGAAGCAGGAGUGUCCCAUUGAGUGUCCUUUGCGUAUCACCACUGACCCAACUGUGCUGGCUACCACCCUCAAUAUGUUGCCAGGCCUUGUCCACUCACCACUCAUCUGUACCACACCUAAACACUACAUACGUUUUGGUUCUCCUUUCACCCCAGAAAGGAGAAGGCGAUCGUUUCAGCUGGAUGGCAACUACAGCUCAUGUAAAAAGCGCUGGAUGAAGCAAGCUCUGGAAGAAGAGAUGACUCAGCCCUCAGCUUCUUCCCAAGAGAAUAGGGCCCAGUGUCUAUACCAAAGCAGUGAGAGCAGUAGCACUUCUGGCAUCUGCAAGGAAAAUGCAGAUGUACUGAGUCCUCUGAAGAAGUGGAAGUCUCGCUAUUUCAUGGAACAGAACGUUAACAAGUUGUUGAGGCCGCUAUCCCCUGUCACUCCCCCUCUUCCUGACCCCUCAGUUCCAGACUCGCUGAGCCCGCAUCUCACCACAUCCUCUUCAUCUGUGCCAGGAGAGGAGGAAUGCCGUAGUGGCUGUGGCAUGAUCUUCUCGCCGAUUCCCUCUUUGGCUACUAGUCGUUGCAAUACUCCACUUCAGUUUGAGAACGUAUCCUCCCCUGAGAGUUCCCCUGCGCAUAGGCCCGAGUCCCUGUCGCCCGAGCUCUGCCUCAGGACGGACCUUGACAUGUCGAAGGCGGGGUUCCUCGACACCAGCACUAACAGCAACCUUGAGAGGCCCUUAUUGUUGCAGCCUUCAGGGCCUUCAGAUCCAGCAUCCCAGCCUUUGGAGACCAACUUCCCAGGAAAAAGUGGGGAAGGUCAGACACUGCUAAGAAGCUCGGACCAGGCUUUUCGGACGGAUUUUAACUUAAUGUAUGCCUUCUCUCCUUUGAACGCUAUGCCCCGGGCAGAUGGUUUGCUACGGGAGUCUCCCCAACUGACUGAUAGUAAGCCUCUGAAUCCAGAGCAGGGCUGUUGCAAUUCUCCUGCAGAGGGAUACUUUGGCAGACAUGAGCAGGCAUUGCUGAAAGAGGUCACACAUGGACCCAUACCUCCCUGUGGGGAGAGAACAUGUGAUGGGGUCAGAUCAGCACCCCAAAACCCUCCACAGAGGAAAAAAGUGUCUUUGCUGGAGUACCGUAAACGAAAACAAGAAGCCAAGGAAGGAGGCGAUUCUGCUCGGUGCACAGGGACACCUACCCGACUAGGUGGCAGCUGUUCUGGGACAGAUGUGGAAACUGGUUCAGUGCCAGGCUCAGGAGCCCGCACACUUUCCUCACCCCAACAUGGCUUCUCUCCCUCACAUUCCUCCCUGUCUCACCUAGAGGAAGUCAGUCCGCCAGAACCAAGGGGGAACACACACUGCAAAUCACAAGAUAGCAUCAGUAGUAGAUGGAUGGUGCCCACUUCAGUGGAGCGACUCAGAGAAGGCCGAGGCAUUCUGGAGAAGGUUUUGCGUAGUAGUGCUAAAAUAUGCCAUAGGGGAGAGCCCUCACCCACACGGGAGAGCAUUGGAGAGAGAGAAGUGGAUGCCAUGGAAGGGGACCCAGCAGACCCCCUCGGUUCUUCCCUUAAGGGACCAGCUGUUUACAGUCCUUCCCGAUAUAGCUACCAGCUCUUACAGUCUGAUAGCCCACAAGCAGAGUCACAGAUCCUUCUUCAGAGCUCCUCUCCAUACCGAGGGCACCCCAUCCCAUCACCUGGAUACAGCUACAGGUCUCAGUCCCAGAGAACGGGGCAUCUUCCACCUCUCAAUUCCUCGGAAUCCUCUCUUUCUUCCACCCCCUCGGUAUCCACGGACUCUUCAACAAUGUUUGCAGGGAAUUCUGGGUAUUAUUGUGGCCAGCAGCAUUCUGGUAGUGGUGCUCUGAAGAAGAGCUGUCCUGCACCGGCUGCUCCCAGCCCUAUCCAACCCACAGUCGCCGCAGACUCUUUGCCCUCUUCUGAAGCAGGGUCUCACCCUUGCAUGGGAACUGCUGGCUGCAGUGCUCCUCCUCCACCACCACCCCCUCCUCCUCCACCACCACCCCCGCCUCCUUCAUCGUUGUCCUCAUCAUCAUCUUCAUCUAGGCCCUCUCAGUCAGACUUGCGGACUAUCAACCCUCCCUCCUCUGGCCCACCUGCUCUCUAUCAAAGCUCCAGAACCCCUGCCGCAGCACUUUCCAAUUCGCAGCACUACUCCCACCGAGGAGGAGGAAGCAGCAUCCAUCAAUACAGACUGCAGCAGCUUCCAGGGUCGGGCGUAAAGACUCAGACCGGUCUUUCCUAGGGCAAAGCCCCCUGCUGCCCCCAGCAGCCGCUUCUAGGGGAGUGUUGCUGGAAAGGCAAGAGGCUGAGGCUGUACCAGAGAGAGUGAAAGAGAGUAUACUGCCAGCCACCCUUGGCUUUGGAAAGAGGAGACAGUGGUAGCAGCAAAGCCUGUAGCAAAGCAUCUCCCUGAUGCCUGAGUAUGCUGUAGAAAGCAAAUGGUGCUGAGUAGCCUGGCCUCUGUCUCCUACCAGUGCCCUUAGCUGUAGUCAUCUGGGCAGGUAGGAAAGCUUGAAUAUGAAACCAGUGCAAAUCAAAAAAGAAAAAGAAAAAAAUAGGGGAGAGGGAUAUGGGGGAGGGGGGGCAUUAUUCAAAAUCCCAAAGUGCUCUCUGCAGGGUUGGGUUCCCAGGAUAUUCUGGGUCAGGGAGGGUGGGAGGUGUAGUCCAUUCUGAUCAUUCCAGUUGCAAGCAAGAGCAUUUAUGGUGUCCAGGCUCUGGUCAGAGAGCUAUGGGAUGGGGCUGGUAGCAGUGUGAGUGUGUGUAUAUGUGUGAGAGAGAAUGAGUGAGUGAGAGGGCAAAGUGUGCACGAAGGUGUCCCUAACACUGUCACUGCCGUGAGUAUACUGAAGAGGACCAUGGGCAAGGGGUACUUUGGCUUGACUGUCCUGGAGUCUGUUGGAAGAGUUUGCAGGUGAUGAUGAGAGGAAAUACCCAGCUUGGUGACGGUGCUGCUGCUACUGUCCAAAGUAUCCCCAAGUAUGUGAGAGAUGACUGCUACCAUCCCUUGAGGUCCAAGAACAGUUGCCAGUUCUGCUGGGUGCUCUAUCCAAUUCCACACAGUUGCCAGCUUUUCUCACUUGUUUACUAUCAAGCGUGUGUUUUUAUUUAUCUGAUUUUAUAUUCAGUUAUAACCGUAGUAGGCUAGCAAAUAUCAGGCAGGUCUAACCCCAGUGCUGCCCAUGGACCUUCUCCUUUCUUCUUGGAUAAGAUAAUGCCGUGAGCAUGUCUUCCCUCAUUUCUCAGAUGCACAGUCUCUCUUUUUGUUUGUUUUUCUUUUUCUUUCUUUUUUUUUAAUUAGGACUGUUACAAGGUUUCUCUAACUCACUGAAAUCAGGUGUUCAUUCAGCUUAGGGGAGACUUAAAAAAAUUAUCAAAGCAGAGAAGAGUUUAAAUAAAAGCCUUUCCUCAAAGUGUCUGGCUGUGAGCGUGUUGGGAUGGAACUUGUCACCCGGAGCACGGGUGUCCUGUAUACUGUAUAAAAGGGUGUCAACUUCACUGGGCUUUGCAGCCUCUCUUUCUGUCAUGCUGCGCAUGCCUUGCUGGGUGAGCAUUGCCAGAGAGGAUCUUGGAGAGCAGCUGGUGAACAUGAAGGACUCUCCUGGACGUGCAGGGUGCUGGGGAGGGGGGCUGCAGUGCUGCCCUAAAGCGGGGUUGUACACUGUGCUGUAACAUUUGAACUUUCACAAGAGAUGUAAUAAUUUUGAUAAUAAAAUACUUAACUUGAAAA